UGCUCAGGCAGCCAGCGGUGCCCCGGGCCUUCGCCUUUACGGCAGCGCAGAGGAGCGCGGCUAUAGGCGCCGUGCGGCCCCGGGGGCAGUGGCCGUGCACCCCGUGCUGCGCGGCCCGGUUUCGCCGAGCCCUUCCCCCGAGCAGUUCCCCGCCAGGGAGGAGAAGCCUGGCCAGGCCUCCGGGCCCAGCUCGUCCCUUCUGGGGCUGCUUUGUUGCAGAAACUCUUGGGGCAAGCUGAGGAAAACGAUGUUUCCCGAGACCCGGCACCGCCUGUAAACACCCGAUGUGUGCCUGGAAUCGGUGCCUGAGGCUGCUGAGAGCGGUGGGACUGUGAAGGCUCUGGAGGAGACGUUCUGGCAGCGUUUGGCUGGGGUUUUACUCCUGGGAGGAAGGUCUUUGCAGAUCAAAGAGGGACCCAUCAACUCAAGUAUGACUGCUGGAGCCCCCGUUGUGGCAGAAGGCUUCUAUAAAUAAAAAGUUCCAUGGUAAUAGCAUACAGAGCAAGCAGGCAGCAUGCUGUCGAGACCAAAGCCUGGGGAGUCUGAGGCAGACCUGCUGCACUUUCAAACCCAGUUCCUGGCAGCCAGAGCUUCACCUGCAGUGAAGAUUGUGAAGAAAGCAGACAAGAGGAAGGGGGAGGAAGGGAGCAGAGAUGCUGAGAAACACCCACUACAGGACAGCAAGGAUGUGGUCAUGUUGGAUGAUUUUCCUGAUGUUCUCCCAGCUUUAACUCCAGCUCCUCCAAAAAAGUCCAAGGUCAAAAGUGCCUGUGUCCAUUUUGAGGAUGAUAAUCCAGAGGAAAGACUGGAGAGACAUGAUCAACACAUUACAGCAGUCUUCAGCAAAAUUAUUGAACGAGACACCAGUGCAGCAGCAGUGACCAUGCCAGUGCCCACUGGAGACCCAUUUCCAAGGACAUUUCAUCGCUCGGAGAUAAAAAGUGAGGUGAAGGUGGGAUCUGGAAGAAAAAGCAUCUUUGCGCAAAAGAUGGCAGCGAAAAGAGCUGCUGAAAAGCCAGCAACAGCUCCCUCUGCUGCCGAGUGCCUGCAAAGGAGAUCAGCUGCUCCUGGGGCCCUGGAUCCCGAGGCAUCAGCAGGAGAGUCAUCUCUUCCCAGCAUCAAGGAUGCUAAAGCUGGAGACUUUUUGACCUCUUAUCGGUCUUGUCUGAUAACUGGAGAAGGUCUUGGAAACCAAAGGAGUGAGCAGGAAGCUGAAGCUAUUCACAAAGAGAACUUGGAGAAGCUGCAAUCCAUGUCUGAGGAAGAGAUCCUGCAGGAGCAGAAAAGGCUUUUGGCUCAGCUGGAUUCCAAUUUAGUUGCUUUCUUGAAGUCACGACGUGGUGGCAAUGAAGGCCAGAAAAAGGAAUUAAAAAUAGAACAGAACAGACUGGAGGAGUCUGAGGAAUCUCUGCCUGUGGCUCAGCAUGGUGUAGGAUCAUCUCUUUGCACAGAGGAGUUGGAUAUGGAGGAAUCUGUAAGGAAAGAAGAAAAUAUGAAGGUAGAAAUUACAGAUGAUGAUCUGCCUCUGAAACCCAAGAAGGAAUGGAUUCACAUGGACAGCGUGGAGUUUGAGAAGCUUGAAUGGAUGAAAGAUUUGCCCUCACCCCGACAGAAGAAAACCAAAAAGGGAAUGCAAGCUCGAUUCAGUUUAAAAGGAGAAUUGAUUCCUGCAGAUGCUGAUUUACCAACACACCUAGGCCUGCAUCACCAUGGAGAAGAGGCAGAGAGGGCUGGUUAUUCUCUCCAAGAGCUCUUUCAUUUGUCUCGCAGCCAAGUUAUCCAACAGAGGACACUGGCUCUCCAGGUCUUGGGUCAUAUUGUUCAGAAGGCCAGGGCUGGGGAGUUUGCUUCCUCCUUGAAGGGCAGCGUCCUGCGCCUGCUGCUUGAUGCUGGGUUCCUCUUCUUGCUGCGCUUCCUGGAUGAUGCAGUGGAAAAUGUCCUGGCAGCAUCUGUUGGUGCUCUCCGGGCUCUGCUGGUGUCACUGGAUGAUGAGAAAUACCUUGAUUGGACUUUCUCAUGGUACCAAGGGAUGGCUGCAUUCCCCUUUGUCCCCAACAAUGAGGAGGAAGAAGAGGAGGAAGAUGAAGAUCUAAAUGGAACAAAUAAGUCUCAAGAUAAAAAAUUAAAGGAUGAAAACAAGCCAGAUCCAGAUGUGGCCCGGUAUGAUGUUGUAAAGGGACUUUUGAGGACACGGAUCCAGCACCGGAUGGGGUGCAUCCUAACAGUCCUGGUGCACAUCCUCACCCACAUAGCCAGGCACUCCUCUGAAGCAUGUAGCCAGCUGCUUGACUGUCCCAGACUGAUUGAAACCAUUGUCAGGGAAUUUCUUCCCACUCAGUGGGAUCCCCAGGUGGCUGAACGAGGGUGCUUCAUCACCAGUCUCCAUGGAGUUGCUUGUGCCACUGCCAUGAAGUUCAUCAGAGUGUUGGCAUCUGCAGGCCGAAAUGCAACAGCCAGGCUGCUUCACAAAUUUGAUAUGAAAAGUCGGAUAAGUCGGUUUGUGGCUGAAGAUCCAGAGGAUUUGCUCCUGCCAAGGGAAGAAGCCAUCAGGCUGAGCACCGAAGCCUUCCGGCUCUGGGCUGUGGCAGCUGGCUAUGGCCAGGCCUGUGAUCUCUACAGGGAUCUCUACCCUGUGCUGGUGAGGAUCCUGCAGUCCCUGCCUGAAUUGCUUUGUGCUUGCUAUGCAAAGAGCCCCAUGGUUGAGCUGUCUGUCCAGCGAGCUACAGCAGUGGUUACUCUGCUGACACACAUGACACAAACAGGAGGCUACGUGGCAGAGCUGCAGGCCAAGCUGAGCAGUAAUACCUCAGAUGAUAAUGAACAGAUUCCUCCUCCUCCACUGGCAUGGAAUCAAGUGUCAGGCUUGCAGCCCUUCCUUGACACCAGUCUGAAAAAAUUCCUUCAGGACGUAUCCCAGACAGAAACUUGGCAAAUUCUCCAACCUCUGACCACAACUUAUCUGAUCUACCUGGGAGUUUAUUACAAUGCUUGCAGCCAACAGCCAUCUGUCAAUCCAGUUGACUGCUUAGAGGAACUGGAACAUUUGUCAUCUGAGGUGUUGCAGCCCCUUCUCAGCCAGCCAGCCGUACACAGCAUGUGGGACUUACUCAGGCCAUGUUCUGCUUUGUGCAACCCUCUGUCCUGUUCCCCAGCACCAGAAUCUGUCACCAGCAUUGCAUCUCUGGGUUGCACUGGGGGCAAACCUCCACUGAGCCUACUUGGCUCCAAGUCACCUUUCCCCUUCCUCACUGCCCUCCUGUUUCUCAUCAACAGCAUCACUCACAUUCACAAAGGCCUGACCAGCAAGUACAGCUCUGUGCUGGGCUUCAGAGGCUUGAAGGAUUAUCUGCAUCAAAGCUUGAAGACUGGACCUCCCUCUGUAACUCCCUCAUCUGCUUGGAUCCUACGCCAUGAAUACCAUCUGCAGUAUUUUGUGUUGGCAUUGGCUCAGAAAAUGGCAGGCACUUGUCCGGAUUACACCCAGCAUGCCUCACUCCAUCACUCUGUUGCCAUGGCAUUGCUAAGCUGGUUGUUGCCAGGGAGUGAGCAUCUGGCUUAUGAGGUCCUCGUGGAUCUUGCCUUUAAUCCAGAAUUUCUUCCGGAAGGGAAAGCUGGAGGGCCUGAAGGCAGCUUGACUUCUCCGAUAUUCCUGCACCUGGGUACCGGUGACAAACUGUUACAGCCUGGUUCUGCAGCAGCAUCUUUUGAAAAAGCUACUCGUGGUGCCCUGCUAGGAGAAUCCUACCAGAAUCUGCCUUCCAUCCGCUCCUGCUACCUUUCUAACUUCGUCCACUUGCAGCCAACCCUGGCACGUUCACAAGCAUCCCUACCAGGACGGAAUUACCUCAUCCAGUCAAUGCUGCUUCCUGAGGCCAAAGGGCCCAUCCUGCCUUCAGACUGGCCAUUCUUUCCACUUAUCAGCCUCUACAACAUGACUAAUGCGGAGAUAUGCGGGGCUGUCCUCAACUCUCUCCCGCUUGAUCUCGUCAACACUGUGACCUUGAACCUCCAGUGGGUCUUGUUGCUGGAGACUUGGCGUGCUCAAACCCUUCAGAGCAUCCCUACUGCUGCCAAGCUUGCACGACUCAUGUGUGUCUUCCUCACAGGCAGUGACCUCUUUCUAGAAGCUCCAAUCCACCGCUACACGGCUGCUCUUCUCUCUGUGUAUUGCCAACAGGCAUUGGACUCCCUGAACUUGGAUGCUCCUCUCCCUGGUUUUGGGCAUCCUUUCCACGAUCUUUAUAUAAGCCUCUUGGAGCAGUUUGAAGGUGUCUCCUUUGGAGAUCCACUCUUUGGAAUCUUUGUUCUUCUACCUCUGCAGAAGCGUUUCAGUGUCCAUCUGCGCCUGUCCGUUUUUGGGGAAGCACAUGAGUGUCCUGCGGACACUGGGAGUGGCCCACUCCAGCAGUUCCCUGUGCCCCUCGAGCGAUACACGUCCCCUCCUGAGGACAACCUGAACCUCCUGCGGCUCUACUUCCGAACACUGGUCACUGGUGCUCUGUGCCCCACCUGGUGCCCUGUUCUGUAUGUGGUGGCUGUGGCUCAUGUGAACAGCUUUAUUUUUUCUCAAGACAGCACAGCACAGGAGACUGAUGCUGCCCGAAAAAGCAUGCUGCGGAAGACGUGGCUCUUGGUGGAUGAGACUUUGAAAAAGCACCUGCUGUACUACAGGCUGUUGAAUGCAGAGAGCCCUUUGGGAUUUGAUCUUUAUGAGCAGCUCCCUCCCAUGAGACUGAAGUAUCUGCAGCUGGUGACACAGAAGGAGAAUAAGGAGAGUACCCCAGUGCUGGUCUCAUAGCAAAACACUUGUGCAAGAAGAGGGCCAAGGGGAAGAAGAGCUCAGUUUUUGCUCCACUUGUGAAACAAUAUGCACUUCAGACAGUUUCAGUCUUACCUGGACACUUGGUGACUUCACAAAGUGAAGCACUAGGAGAAUAAUCCCAGCCCUGCAGAGCAAUACUCAUCUUCUCGAGAAAUGGCAAUAGGUGUGUGUGGCCUCUCCACGGUGAAUGCUGGAGCAUUUUUUACCUCCAUUCUUUUUCAGAUUGUUCUGCUUCUCCCCAGAGGAGGUGAGGAUGUGUCUGAGAGGCACUGGACUGUUGACUGGACUGUUGAUAGACUGAAGGAAGGGGAGAAGCAGUUUUGUCCAGUCAGGCCUGAGACUGUUGAUGUCUGUCUUUUCCAGAUCUUUCCCCUACUCUUUUUUUUUUUUUUUUUUUUGUACCCUGAGUUUUAAAUAAAAUAAAAUGACAAAUCCAGCAGGGAAAAG